GAGGGACUGGGAAGUUCCUCCAUGCAAUCCUGGCAGAUUCUUCUGUGGCUGGUCUGAUGGGGACAGAAUCUCAGUAUCAACAUUGCCCCACAUCCCCAAAUAGUCCAGACGGUGAAAUGACGGGGUGCAAAUACAAUUGGAAGUGGAUCUUACUUUUAGCUGUGGCCCUCUUUGAGGCCAUCCUCUUACUUGUUUUCUUGGGGCUAUUCCUGAGGCAGCAGCAUUCGGAAUCAGCCCUACAACUGCAGGAGUGCCAACUGCAGAUGCAAAACCAGUCGUCCCGAACCCAGGACCAGGCUGUAUCGCUCCGGAAGUGCAUGGAGGAGAUGCAGGAGGCAGCAAGGAAGGAGGCCAGAAUCUUGAACCACAAACUGGAAGCUGUGAAUGAGACCCUUGCUCAGACCCAGAAGAACUGGACAUCCUGCCAGAACCAGCUGAAUACCUUGGAAGAAAACGUCACCUCGUGGGAUGUGAAAGAGAACACGUGGAAAGAGACAAUGAAAGACCUUCAGCAGCAGCUCUCCAACAAAUCCUUACAGUUGGAUGAGGCGCAGCACAAGAUCCAGGAAGAAAGAAAGAUCCACCAAGCAGAAAUCCAGCAGCUGAGACAGCAGCUCGAGAAAGGACAGCAGCGAACGUCCAAUGGGGGGGACUUUGGUGGCCCUAGUCUCCUUCUCCUCCCAAUUCUUGCUGGAUAUUUCCUAAGCAUGUAGCAGCCUGGGACUCUGCUGCCACCAAGCGGCCAGCGAGAAGUUUGUCUUGCGUCGCAAUGUGGGACUUUCAGACAUACGAAGCUAGACAACUUCACCGGUGUAUCAAAGUUAGUCUUGUCUGUUCGGACUGCCUCUCUGGGCUCUCACAUAUUCCCUUGAGACCUUGUCACUGGAGAUGCUGGACAUUGAAUCUGGGUUUUCCUGCAUGCAUCUCAGAGGCUCUACCACAGCCCAAAUCCAGAUUUCAGACUUCACCCAAAAAUAUGCAAUUUCUUGAAAACCAAUGUGACAUUUUGCCUGAAGUUUGACUUUUAGUCACUCUGGUGGAGGAAGACCCUCGGUGGAAACUUUGGGAGGAAGGGGUGUUCUCCUGUUGCUUCCAGAGUGAAGCAACAUCCACUAUUACUGCAAUUCAACUCCUGCGUAAAUUCAUGGAAGACACGUUAAUUUAAGCAAAAUUCCAGAUGGAUAGCUGUACUAGACUGACGUAGCAAAAUCAAACAGGAGUCCAGUGGAACCUCAGAUGCUAACCAAAUUUAUUCCAGCAAAUGCUGUCAGUUCCAUUAAUCCAGAGGAGUUAGCCGUGUUAGUCUGUAGUAGCAAAAUCAAAAAGAGUCCAGUAGCACCUUUAAGACUAACCAAUUUUAUUGUAGCAUAAGCUUUCAAGAAUAAAUGGACACAAAUCUGACAUUAGAAAUGGCAACAUCCAGAAACCAGUGGGAGAACACUUCAAUCUACCAGGACAUUCCAUCAAAGACUUAAAGGUCACUGUAGUUCAAAAACAAAACCCAACGGGAAGCUGCUGAAUUGGAAUUCAUAUGUAAAUUUGACUCUGUCAAGCUGGGACUGAAUAGGGACUAUGAAUGGUUAUCUCAUUAUCAGAGGUAACCGAUUUCCUUAACAGAAGCAAACUGAUCUCCAUAUCAGAAGGAGCUGUUUGCAUCUCCAUAUCAGAAGGAGCUGUUUGCAUCUACUCCACCCUCCCCUCCCCUCUGACCAGUUUCUUUUUGCCCUCCAUGCAUCUGACGAAGAGAACUGUGAUUCUCGAAAGCUUAUGCUACAAUAAAAUUGGUUAGUCUUAAAGGUGCUACUGGACUCUUUUUGAUUUUAGUUCCAUUAAUGAAGAGGCUGAUCGCUGACUCAGGAAAGCUUAGGAAUAAAUGUUGUUAGGUGCCACUUUAGCCAUUUUAUCUAACUUUAAAAAGUUGCACAUCUGGGAGGUCAAUGCUUUUGUAGUUGCUAGCACCACCACCAAAGAUAUGCACAGGCUCAAAAAGGGUGGAGACCCCUGUGCGAGGCCAAUUGAUUUAUAUUAGCAGAAAGAAACAAUUCCCUUCAAUGUGCAAGGCUCAUUCCCCGCUCAUUAAGCUAAGUUUCAGCUCAGCUAUGGAAGGAAUUUUUUUGUUCAGCAGGGCACAGCCACUUAUUCUCUCCUUGCCUUGACCCCAAUUCCCUGGCUGUUCUGGAUAUAUUCUUUAUCCGGCUGGCUGGCUGGCUGACAGAUCCACCUCUGGCCUAUUGCGGCAAGGUUUAUUUACUUAUUUCAUUUAUAGUCCACCUUUCCCACCGAGACUCAAGGUGUGUUACAACUAAAAAUAAUGCAAUAAGUACAACGGUUUAAUGCAGACUAGCAAAAUCAGUGAUUAUCUCCAAGCAGGAAUGAAUCCCUGGAUCUUGCUGCCCUUGAGACCUUUGCCAAGAUUUGGAAAAGGUAGGGUUUCUUGGGAAGGUGGGUGGUUUCAGAGUCCACUACCUCUGCUAAUACAUCACAUUUUUAUCCCACCGAGGCACUCAGGACUCCAUACAUACUCUUCCCCUCCAUUUUAUCCUUACAACUUGCUUGUGAGGUUAGGCUGAGCAAGUGUGACCAGCCCAGGAAUUGCCUUUUGUGGUACCUUUUCGUUGUUGUAUCUCCUUCCAGGAGGCCUUCCUGUUACAUUGGCUAUCUUGCAGGAGCCUUGUGAGGAUUAGAAUCGAGGGAUCGGGAUAAUGUGGAAUAGCUUUCCCCCCUGCUGCUUUGGUGCUUUGCUUCCAAAACAUUGAAAUUUCCGUCAGUAUCUCUAGAAAUACAGUUCCAAUGCCGAGGAUUCAGUUGUAUACAAAUAUUAUUAAACUGGUGAAAAGGCAAA